UUGGAAGAAGCCUCAUCUUUCCAGUAACUUCUCUGUCCCCAGCCACUUCCUUACAAUUUAACAUUACAGAUUCUUCUUUAACGGAAGUUUCAGACAGCAUACUUCAUGGCAGUUGUACCUUGUGGGGGUACAUGGGUGGCUCUGUGGGGACUUCAAGCUAAGUCAAUAUUGAGUGUUUCUUCAACAAGCAAGUCAUUUGCACACUUGCCUCGUUUUUCAACCAAGACACAAGCAUUUGCAUCACCAUGUUCAAGCUUCUUAUCUCAAGGUUCCUUGCAUGCACUAUAUGAUACGAGGUCAAUUGGUAAUCCUCGUCAGCGCAGAGGUGGCCGUCUUGUUGUUCGAGCUGAAGCUGAUUUCUACUCGGUACUUGGUGUGUCACAGAAUGCCAGCAAAGCAGAAAUUAAGAGUGCUUAUAGGAAACUUGCAAGGAGUUACCAUCCAGAUGUGAACAAAGAACCAGGAGCUGAACAAAGAUUCAAAGACAUCAGCAAUGCUUAUGAGGUAUUGUCAGACGACGAUAAACGAUCGAUAUAUGACAGGUAUGGGGAGGCUGGGCUUAAAGGUGCUGGCGUUGGCACAGGGGAUUUUAGCAACCCAUUUGAUCUCUUUGAAUCAUUGUUUGAUGGCUUGGGUGGGAUGGGCGGGAUGGGUGGCAUGGGAGGAAGAAGUCAACGUAACAGGGCUACACAAGGGGAAGACCAGGGUUACAAUCUGGUUCUAAACUUCAAAGAAGCCAUAUUUGGUGUUGAAAAGGAGAUUGAAGUAACCCGGCUCGAGAGCUGUGGAACUUGCAACGGGUCCGGUGCCAAACCCGGGACGAAUGCAUCCAAAUGCACCACAUGUGGUGGUCAAGGUCAAGUCAUCUCGUCGGCUAGAACCCCAUUGGGCGUGUUUCAGCAAGUCAUGACCUGCUCUUCUUGUAACGGAAGUGGUGAAAUCUCCACUCCUUGUAAUACAUGCAGCGGAGAUGGACGAGUAAGAAAAUCCAAGCGGAUCAGCCUCAAAGUUCCGGCCGGAGUGGACGCAGGCAGCCGUUUGCGGGUCCGGUCCGAGGGCAACGCUGGAAGGAAAGGUGGACCCCCCGGAGACCUAUUUGUGAUGAUCGACGUUCUUUCAGAUCCCGUUCUGAAACGGGAUGACACAAACAUUCUCUACACUUGCAAAAUCACGUAUAUCGACGCUAUAUUGGGGACGACAAUGAAGGUGCCGACGGUCGAUGGGAUGGUGGAUCUGAAAAUCCCGUCCGGGACCCAGCCGGGGACGACGCUGGUGAUGGCAAAGAAGGGGGUGCCGGUGUUGAAUAAGAGCAACCGGAGGGGUGAUCAGCUGGUGAGAGUGCAAGUGGAGAUACCGAAACGCGUAAGCGGCGAAGAGAGGAAGCUGAUCGAAGAAUUGUCGAACCUUAAGAAGGGUAAAGUUGCAAGCGGUAGUAGAUAAGCGAUGGCGAUACCGAUACCUUAGAGAAUUUUUUGGAACGAUAUGUAUCGUGAAUUUAUAUAUAAUUAGAGAUGAGAAUAGAUGUUUAGCAGGAGUUUUUGAUGCUGGUUACAAGUGCAAAAUUCAAGAGAUGUGGGAUACAGGUUUACUUCUUGACUUGAAA